GCGAGGGCGUGUGAGCGAGGAGGGUUUUCCAUCCGCGGCAGAAGGACAGAGACGAAAGUUUGGCAAGGAGAAGAAAAGCAGAAGCAGAAGAAAAGGACAAAGAGAGAGAGGCAGACGAAGCAGCUGGAGUCCGUGACGGGGGAGUGUGGGGGAAGCUCAGACAAACACAGCGCGGAUAAGUGUGUGAGAUAAGGCAGCGGCGCGGCUGUCUCCCUCUCGGUCGCGCACACACACACACACACACACACACACACACACACACACACACAGGAAGAGGACGGCAAGGGCCGACAUGGAAGACUUGCGGGUUGUGCGAAUGACUCACAUUCCGUAGCUGCUCUUUGUCUCCAGUCACCUGCGCGGAGGUGUUCACGAGUGUUCGUGGGAGAGUCCGGUCACUCCGUGCCUGCCGGUGAACAACCCUGUGCCGGCGCGCACCAGCGAUCCUGAGCGCGAGCCCUCGGAGCUCCACGCUCCCCGCGCCGUUUAGCGCGGCCGAGACAGCGUGACACGGCCGACGCCCUCGGCAGCACGCUGAAGCCACGCGAGGGUCAUGGGAAGCGAGGCUUUCGCGAGGACGCUAUGAACGGCAGCCUCUUCCAGGGCCGCCGCUUCCUCUGUCGGGAGUGGGCCCUGGAGAAGCUCAAGCAGCUGCUGGAAUCGCGGCCGCCGGGCGUGCUGCUAUCGGGCGGCCCGGGCGCCGGGAAGACGGCCCUGUGCGCCGAGGUGGUCCGGCCAACGUCGGAGGCGGGGCUGCGCGUGGGGCUCGCGGCCCGAUGCCUCGCGGCCCAUUUCUGUCAGAGGGAGGACGAGAGGUCGCUGGACGUGUGGAGGUUUGUGCUGGGCCUGGUGGAGCAGCUGUGCAGCAGCCCUAUUCUGCCACCGGCCUACAGGGCGGCGCUGGAGGACCCAGGCGUAGCUGCCGCUCUGGAGCCCGAAUACUGCCAGCAGAACCCCGACGAGGCCUUUAAAAGAGCUGUGCUGCUGCCUCUGUUGGACAUCCCUGCCCCACCUCAGAACCUGUUCAUCUUGGUGGACUCUCUGGAGUUGGGCAGAGAUGGGCCUGGGGAGAGUCCAGAGAAGGCUGGGAGGAGCAGCUCCAUUGCAGAACUCCUGUCCAGCCACCUGCAGUUGCUCCCUUGCUGGUUGUCCCUCGUCGGCUCUACGCGGCGCCAAGAUAAAGUCAUACCCAAGAUGUUCCCAGGGCUCCGUAAGCUGGUCCUGGACGACCUGCGGAAGGCUCUGGCUGUGCGCGACGUGCAGCAGUACAUCCUGAGACGCCUCGAGCGGGAGGGUGCGCUGCGGCGCCACUUGACCCCUGAGACGGCGGACAUGCUGAACCUGCUGCAUAUCAAAAGCAGUGGCUGUUUCCUGUUCCUGGAGCGCGUGCUGGACGGUGUCGCCGAGGGGCUACUGGCAGUGCGGGAGAUCCGCCACAUUCCCGGAACCCUGAGUGGCCUGUACCUCUGGCUGUGUCAGAGGCUCUUUCCCAGGAUGCUCUUCUCACAGGUGCAGCCCCUACUCAGCAUUCUGCUGGCCGCCCCAAGGCCCCUUACCCCCGACCAGCUCUACAGGGCUGUGUGGACUGGCAACACCACUCUCAGCUUUGCGCAGUUCAAGCACCAGCUGGACCUUUUGUCUGUGCUUCUGGCAGAUGGACCGGGAGACACCAAAGUCCUCUUCCAUCGCAGUUUCGCAGAGUGGCUGACGGAUGUCAAGUACUGCACGCAAAAGUUCCUGUGCAGCGUGGCUGAGGGUCACACCAUGCUGGCUAUGGCCCUGUCCCUGCGGGGCCUCGAUCUGAGCAGCGAAGAAGCUUGUCAGUUGGCCUCUCACUUGGUCCAGUCUCAGGUCCACGUGGAGAAGCCAGAGCUGCUGGCGCUGUGGAUGGUGUGGGUCGGGGUUCCACCUGUCAGCGGUUGCCAUCCGGUGUCACCGCAAAGCUGCCGGCCGCCCGUCACACUUCAGCCAGAGGUUCUGCAGCUUCUGGUCAUGGCGGGGGUGGUCCCCAGCUCCUGCCUUCCGGACGGUGGCCGUUCUGAGGGCGGGACCCUACGGCGGGCUUUGGAAAGGGAGGACUCUGUCCGCAUUCUCUUGGACGGUGGUGCCAGCGUUAACCAGACAGACCCCACCGAUGGACGCACCUUGCUAGCUAAUGCGGCACACAUGGGAUCAGCUGACGUGGCGCAACUGCUGCUGACCCGGGGGGCGGACCUGGAGCUCGUGGACUUCCAGGGUCAAACACCGCUCAUCCUCGCUGCUAGGCAAGGCCAUGCAAAGGUGCUUUUGGCACUCUUAGACUGGGCUGCCCAGCAUGGGUUAGAAGUGGCUAGGAUGGUGAACCAUGCAGAUAACGAGGGCUGGACCGCACUCCGCUCAGCGGCCUGGGCUGGGCACGUGGAGAUGGUGCGCAUGCUGCUGGACGCAGGAGCAGAGGUAGAUGGAAGUGAUUCUGAGGGACGGACAGCUCUGCGUGCGGCUGCUUGGGCAGGGCACGAGGACGUCCUCCUCACCCUGCUGAACAAGGGGGCACAGGUGGACCAGCCCGACAGGGAGGGCCGCACCCCUCUCGUCGCAGCCGCCUACAUGGGCCAUCGAGAUGCCGUGGAGAUCCUGCUGGAUGCUGGGGCAGAGGUGGACCGCCCAGAUGGGGAUGGACGCACAGCUCUGUCCGUGGCAGCGAUGUGUGUGCCCUCCGCAGCAGGAGGGAACCGUGGCGACGUGGUGAGCCUGCUGCUGGAGCGAGGGGCUGACCCAGGACACCGGGACCGGGACAACAUGACCCCGCUCCUGCUGGCCGCGUACGAGGGUCACGUGGAAGUCGUGGAGCUGCUGCUGGAGGCUGGAGCAGAUGUGGACGAGAGCACUGCCGCCCACGCCUCCGGCGCCAUCACUCCUCUGCUGGCCGCUGCCUCCAUGGGUCACAUGGCCGCGGUUAGCGCCGUGCUGUUCUGGGGCGCGGCCGUGGAUGCCAUCGACAGCGAGGGCCGCACUGCGCUCAGCCUCGCCGCAACUCGCGGCAGUACAGAUGUGGUGAGAGCCCUGCUGGACCGCGGUCUGGAUGAGAAUCAUAAAGACCAUCUGGGCUGGACACCUCUGCACGCAGCCGCCUGCGGAGGACACAAGGCUGUGUGCGCCGCGCUGACCGACAGCGGGAGCGUGGCGCGGGUCGGAGAGCUGGACAAUGAGGGCCAUACGCCUCUCAUCCUGGCAGCCCAGGAGGGCCACUGCAAUGCAGUGCGAAUGCUCCUUGACCGCCGAUCACCCAUCGAUCACCGGGGCUAUGAUGGUCACUCCGCUUUGAGUGCCGCCGCCCUGGAGGGUCACACAGAAGUAGUGGAGCUUCUGAUGAGACGCGGCGCGGACACGGACGUUCGUGACGCAGAGGGCAGGCCGCUGCUCUACUUGCUGGUACUGGAGGGACGCUUGGACAUUGCUGCCCUUCUGGUUGAAAAGGGGGGUGCGCCCCUGGAGUCCCGAGACUCCGAAGGGCGUACGGCACUGCAUGUGGCCAGCUGGAAGGGAGAUUUGGAAGCCAUGGCCCUGCUCCUGAGUCACGGCGCUGACCCCAACGCGCAGGACGAGGACGGGCGGGCCCCGCUGCAUUCCGCAGCCUGGAGGGGGCAAGCUGCUGCCGCCCGCAUGCUGCUGGAGGCUAGAGGUGCCCUCGUUGACCUGGCCUGUCGCCAGCAGGGGGCGACGGCCUUGUGCAUCGCGGCACAGGAAGGGCACGCUGGAGUGGUGGCUGUGCUGCUGGAGAAAGAGGCUGACCCGGAUCACGUGGACCAGUACGGCCGCAGCCCUGUGAAGGUGGCGGGGAAGAGGGGCCAUGUGAACAUCGUCAGGAUGCUGGAGAGCUAUGGGGCCAAACCCUACCCAGGCCUCCUGCCCUCCUCACCGUGCUCGAACCCCCAAAGUUCCACAGUAAAGACUCAGUCCUCGACCGGCUCCGGGGGUACGACCGAUGGCAGCUGUCGGCCUCUGCAGGGAGUUGUGCCCUCCCUGUCGUCCUGCUCCUGCUCCCCAGGCUCCACCGCCGAGCGGUUCCACUCCAUGCAGAGCUCCCAGGCCUCGUCCUCCACCUGCCACUCUUUGGCUACGGUGCAGACGGUUCCAGCCGACAGCCUGAGCUUCACCCUGCAGAUCCAGCAGCACUCUCUGCCCCGCAGCCGAAGUCGGCCCCUGGGAUCCACCUCGGGCAGCUUGCGCACCAGCAGCCACGGGCCCCGCCCCCCGGCAAGCUCCCCUCCCCGCGACCGUAGCCCCUCCGUAGAUCCUCAGAGGCUGCCGAAGGGCUUCUCCGUGGGCUGGGACCCUCACAUUAAAGUCAGCGUCGGGAACGCGGAGCAGGAGAGUGAGGAGAAAGGCUGGAGCGCACCCCUCUUUGGAGGUGGGAGGUGGAACUCGGUCAUGACCUCCUUGGGCGUGAUGCCUGGACAGGACUGCCCCGCCAGAGCCGCGAAAACAAGGGAGAGCCCCCCGCUCGGGUAUCCGAGUCAGCGGGAGGUGGAGUGGAGGUCAGCGAAAAGUGUUCUCUCCCCGCCCUUCAGCUUCCCCCUGCCCACCUGCCCCGGUGCCUUACCCCCCGAGUCCCUGAUGGGCCUGAGCUCCACAAACCCCGAGCUGAACCUGAAGCAAGCCAUCAAGCUGCAGUUCGAGGGACCCACCAGCGCUCUCGCGUACAAGAGGGAGACGCCGCUCUGAGGGGCGCUGGGGACUUGAGCGGCGGUUGCGGGAGCAGGAAGAGGAGCAAACGCAGACGUGGGCCGCUCUCGGGCAAAUGCCACGCGCAGCAGGAACGAGCGACUGACUUCAAAGGCGCCCUGUUUACAUUCCGCCCUGUUCUGCUCUUCCUUCGCAAGGAAGCGGCGGCUUCCCGGCCCGGAAGAAUCGCUCCGUGUUUGCCCAGACCGUCUCCGCACGGAAAUCGGCGAUCGGCCGAGGGUUUGGGGAAGCGGACGGAACCGGCCUUUCUCCGCGUCUCGGAACGAAGACGCUCAGCGCGCUUUCUGAACGAUGUCGCCGUUGCCGCUCUCGUUUUUUUCUCCUGGCCUUGCUCAGACUCGGAUCUCGUGGGGCAGGCGGCAGCGAUGUCCUGGGUUAGGUGACUGAGGCAGGACAGAGUGAAGAGGUGUCCUUAGACUAUCGAUGGAAGCAGCAACAGGCUUAAUUUAACAAUACAGAUGUUCCAUACCAGAAAAAAAAUGUUUGGUACCAUUUUUAACGGUCGAAAACGAGAAGCGUAAUAUCUAAAAGGAAUUUCUCGGCUUUAACUGUAAAAUGUGUCUUUGACGGGGAACAUGGAAAUCAACGUCAACGUUUUAUAUUCGUCUUCUGGGAUUUGAGCCAACGAAAGCAGUCAGCAGACACCAAAUCUGAUGUCAUGUCCUCGCAUAUUUCAGCUAAUGACCAUAAAUACAUGUGAAGUGGCUAUUAAGAGGCCACUGGUGGGAUAUCAAUUAUUAAUAAAGUGUCAGCAUUGCAGAGUUCUGGGCUGCUGACUGGUGGGCCGGUGAGACUCUUCGCUCCGUGUUUGUAGGGAUUGUUCACGAACGAGUUAGUUGUCUUCACCUUGCGGGUGGGGGGGGGGAGGGGAGGACACGGGAACUGAGUCUUUUAUCGUUUCGGUGUGAAAACGCUGAAUGUUUACAGCACAGGCCUUAUUGCAGCAGCGCCGAGCGGUGCCCUGUGAUCCAGGGCUUCGCUGACAAGCCGCUGUCAUCGCUGACAAAUACUUGCACACAUGGAAGCCUAAACAAAACACGCGAACACGCAGAUAUGGAACGUGUGCAUUCACAAGACCGUGGGAAUGAGGAGACGAAGGAAGCCUGUUACAUAAAGCCAUUGUGGCAGGCAUGUGAGGAUUUAGACAGACUGGUGACACACAAAUGAAUGCUCCUGCCUUUAUCUGGGCUGGGUUACAGUGCUAGGGGUAUUGGAUUAGAGAUUAGGACACGGUAAAUGUGGCCUUUCUCGCUCUGGGAUGUGACACGAUUACCGUGGGAACAGGUGCCGCACGCAGACAGGAGACGGGAAGACCGCGUCAACGCUUAUGCAGAUGAUGCAACUCUUGGCGAGAAAAUGGUCUUACGCCACGUGGUCUGCACUUGGUCUCUAUGACUGGGAGUUUACCAGUUUUUCGCUCAUUCUUUUAGCCUGCUGGGGUGUGUAUUUGCAAGCGUGUGACCUGAGGUGUACCGGUGUGGGUAUGUACGCAGGCGCAUAUACAGGCGUGGGCAUGUACAUGGGUGUAGAUACAAUAUGAAAAUUUUAGUUCCCAAGAAUCCACUGGGACUCUUUUGGCAAAAAAUCUUGCUGAACGUAUCACGGGAUCGUGUCCUGUGCAGCGCAGGCAGCGCCGGAGCGCGGUAUACCUGCGCUAGGUAGCUCGAGGGACCGGUUGGACCGCUUUUGGUUUUCUCACCCAGCGUUCCUGUCCACCAAACCCGAGCUGCUGGCUGCAGUCCGGUCAUGUGCGGUGAACGGCUUCAUCUUUCCCUUCCCUGCACUUCUCAAGACACGUGUUUUACCCGUUUGCUCGGGCAAGUCAUGGGAGGGAAAGAAAGCCCUGCAUUUUUUAUGAAUCCCAUGAACCAAGUGUCUUUUUGUAACUUUUUACACACGCAUGGUCGGGAAUAUAAAAACACGAAGCCAUAGCUAAAGAAACGUGCCGUGAGAAAAACCCUGUUUUCUUGUUCCCUCCGGAGGGUUAAAAAAGGAUCGUGCUCGCACUGCUUCGGGUUUUAACGUCGUUCUUCUCGUGGCAUUUAUUGUCGAGACACUCGGAUUAGCAGGAGGAAAUUUCACAGCUAAUAUCCCAACAGCAUGAUUCAGGCUCCUCUGUCAAAUCUGUCCCAGAUUGUUCGUUGCCAUAUGAAGAUCGUGUCUUGGACAGUGUACAGGUGUCAUUCUGAUUAACUCACUUGCCGAAACCUUUUCCUGUUGCCUCGAGCGGGUGUUAGGAGCGCACUAAUCUAAUAGAAGAAGAGAAUUUGUAUUCAGUGUUGGUUAGUCAUGCAUUACACCCUAGUGUCUUGUGUGGGAAGAGUGGUGGGUCCAGUCCAGCAGCUGGAUGCCGCUGGUGACAAAGACUGAGAGUUUGAGGAACCGGUGGCACAGAUCCACACCCUGGACCGGAUUCCGCCACACAGCAGCCCGGAGACGGGUUGCGACAAACCUCGAGCCAAACAUCCACAAACAUUACACAGGUCGCUUACCUCCAGCACAAGCCAUUCUUCUGGAGUGCUACAAGACCAUGCCAUAACAAGCAGUGCCACUCAGGACAUAUAAUUAUACCCUUUGUGGCCCAUUGUGUGAAGUAUCUACAGGUAUGGAUAAAAGUUACCCUUGUAAUUACCAAAAAGCUGAUGUGAGCAAAAGCAUUU